CGCCGCACGACGCCUUGAGCUCACCACGCGCGGCCUCACUCGCUAUCCCGCCGUGAGUCGUCAGCCAAUCAAAUCAGGACCGAUGACCCUCGCUCACUGCUCACUACAUUGCCAAUACCGCGCCCUGUAAAUGUAGCGAAAACAACAUGCCGGCACGGGCGGCAGGUGCAAGCUGGGUCAUCCGAGUGCUCGCGCCCGUUUGCCUCGGACCCACUCGCCCACUCGCGGCGGCAAAAAAGUGAGAUUGGUGCGCACCUCGCUCGCCCUCUUGCCGCCUCUGCCUAGCCCUGCAUGGCCCAGACGCCGAAGCGAAGGAGAAGAACACACACAAAACUACGCGCGGGAGGGCGGCGAGAGAAGUCCACUUUCUAACCCACCUCCUCAUCUUACCUCGAUCAUCUCGUCACCACGUUCCUUUCGCAAUGGCCUCUGGCUCUUCCUCCUCAUCGUCAUCAUCAGCGUCACCCUCGUCGCGCCGCCGCCACUUCAUCAUCGUAGGCAGCGGCGUUUACGGCGCAUCUACGGCCCUCACCCUCGUCCGCCUAGGACAUCGCGUAACGGUCCUCGAGCGCUCCCGCGACGGGUACGCCGCUCACGACUCGGCAUCCAACGACUACAACAAGAUCAUUCGCUCCGACUACUCUAACCCUCACUAUCGCCAUCUUGCCGAGCUGGCCAUCCAGGAAUGGAGGGAUAGCCCCUUGCUGUCUCGCUACUACCAUGAGACGGGGUUCGUCCUUGCCAGUCGAUUCAAUCAGGAGGAAGGGAGGAAGUACGUGGAUAGCUGCCUUUCGCGCGAGCAGCUUGCGGGAAGCCAGCGUAGGCCAUACGAGAUCAAGGGGCAGGAAGGGAUCGCCCGAGCUUUCCCUUCUGCCAGCCAUGCGCAUCUGGGAACGACGAUCAAGGGGCUAGGCGAGACGGCGUUGGGCUAUGCGAAUCCGCUGGGAGGGUGGGCAGAGGCUGCCAAUGCGACAAACGCCGUACUGGACGAGGCGGUGCGACUAGGCGCGGACGUAUUCGGCGGGAUCGAAAUGGCGGGUCUGAUCCUCGAAAAGGACUCAACAGGUCGACCAUGCGCGAAAGGCGUGACCACAUCAGACGGACAAAGCUUCGAGGCAGAUACGGUCAUUCUAGCCCCCGGCUCGUGGCUUUCUUCCCUCCUCAAGACCUGCCUCCCUCACGACCAGAUGUGGCACUCCCUCCCUCACGGCCCGCUGCGCCCCUCCGGCCAGGUAGUCAUGACACUUCAGUUGGACAGCGCCUCUCGCGCCCGCUACGCCAACGCGCCCGUGGUCCUCGACUACUCGACGGGCUUCUACGUAUUCCCACCCAACGCAGACGGCAUAGUGAAAUGUGCAAUCCACGGUCCAGGGUUCCGUUUCCCCGCUCCAGGCGCUUACUCCCCCACGAUGCCCACCUACGGGAGUAGCGGCGGCGCCGCAUCAAUUGCUCCUGGCUCGCUCCUGAGCAUAGGUUCCGAGUGGCGCGGUCAGCUUCAGCCCCUCGAGCACAUCCCCGAGGACACGGAAACGUUGCUUCGCUCCCUCCUUCACGACAUCUAUCCCGAGCUGGCCACGAUCCCCAACAGCGAGCGACGUGUGUGCUGGUACGCGGACUCUUCCUCCCUCGAUGAGAAUUGGCUCCUCGACUGGCAUCCGCGUGUGGGGAACCUCUUCCUCGCUGGCGCAGGGUCAGGGCAUGGCUUCAAGUUCUUGCCGUGCAUGGGGGACAUUGUGGCGGAGAGGAUGGGGCUGGCCCAGCCUUCCAAGUGGACUUCGGAGGAGAAUCCCUGGAAGCAGCAUCAGGAGCGCGUAUGGACGUUGCAAUAUCGCGAGGAGGUGGCGCAGAAGGGUAAGGCGAAGGAGGUGAGGGCGCGACUGUAAAUGGGCGAGAGGGCGGCGAGCAGAUCAGUACCGCACGCACGUAUAGAGGUGACGCUUUGUUGUAUUUAGAGUGCUUGAAGAUUAGAAGAGAUAGACUGACGUUG